CAACCUCUGAAAAUUUCAGCUCAUUCCAACGGUCGGAUCUACGGCGAUGAUCGGAUUUGUGCGGCUGGUCUGAAAAUUCUGCACCAGCCCUUCUCACUCUCUCUCUUCUGUUUUUUUUCUUCUUGCUCUCUGUUUUUCGAUUGGAGUGGUGAUGAGCAAAAAAAAAAUCUGAACAAGGAAAGAAGAAUAGGCGAAAAGGCAGCCUAGAUAAAUGUGCAACAGGGACGUAUACUGGUGGUCCUUUAUCAUUUCGAGAAAAUCUCACCAAAGUUAUUAAGACAGGAGGUGAGAAUCGGAGACAAAGACAAAGAAGCAUGAUGAAGUAACGUUCAUUGAUGAGAAAUCACGAGAAGUAGCGAGGCGACAUAUGAUGCGAUGGAGCUAGUCACACAAUGGGAUAAUGUUCAAGCAUUCAAGGAGGAGUUGUACUAUGCCUCAGUUGAUGGACAUGAUGCUAAAAAACGUGUCUUUGGUGUAGGAAAGAUGUCCAAGACCAUGCGUCAUAUGCUGCCUCUCAACCGUCUAUC